UGUAUCAGUGCAUCAUGUUGAUGUCUCUGUGGGUGUAUGUGUGCCGUGUGCUGUGCAAAACAGUGCCGAAUAUGGGUGAACUUUCUACCCGAUAGUCGCGCGUGGAGUGAUUGCCUCAAACCUGCCAGACCAAGAUAGGCAAAAAGUGUUGCUUCCCCGUGAAUGCAGCAGUUUACAAAAAUUGUUAUCACAAAGAAAAACUUUGAAGGUCACGUGUACCUGUUAGUCGCCGGAUGGUUCUGGAUAAAUGUACCCGCGAAAGAUUUCGGUUGAGAGAACUGACGAUACGAUUUUCCGCACUGAUUUAGUUUUAUCUAACAAAAAAAAAAAACAGAGGAAUAUGUCACAGAAAUUGUACGCCGCCGCUGGUGUAUGAAAAGGUGCAUUUCCUUUAUAUCUAACCCAAUUAACGGUAUCCUGUUACCAGAGUCAGUAUAGUGUAACCAAAGGUGUUAGAAGUAAUGUUUGCCUUGUCACGGACGAUUGGAAAAGAGCAAAAAGUGUUGGAUUGUUCAUCCUUUUGUCUGUGAGCUUUGCAAACAGUCAUAUGGGUUUGAUCGCAUCUUCGAAGUAGAGACUAGUGCUGAGGGAACAGAGCUGCUGGCUCAUCAUGGAUAGUGAUAUAAUUUGCCUGGAUUCAGACGAGGAUGCUGAAAAUGGAUUGGUCAGCCAUAAAACAUCCGCAAAAGAAAUUAACACCAGAGCCAUCAUCGAUGAAUUGUUGUUGCGCCCGCUGCAAGCUCUUUCGUUGAAGCUAUAUUUUGAAAGCGAUUCCAUCGGUAAAUUAUCGUUACACAAGGGGGGUGACCUUCUUGGCUUCGAAAGAUUAGCCAUCGAUGAAAGUCGAUGCACGGCUAUAGUGCGGGAUGUUGGCGAGUUGGUUCGACGCUUCGGGAAGCAGAGAUUCCCAACGGGAUUCCGUGAUCAAGCCCUGCAGCGAGAAGCAUGGAAGCAAGUUCUAAAAUUUUUAUUCCUGCUGCGAGCGAUUGGACCGGGAUCCAUGAUAUACGAUGGUGUCGGAAAUUCCAUUGUACCCGGACAUCGCCGAGAGGUAAGCUCAUACUGUUUCUGGUUUCCCGUUGUAUGUACAUUGGAGUGGGGAUUGGAAGGAUGUGGAAGUAGGGUUUUUUUUGGUUUGGUACGCGUCGAUGAAAAGAUUUGACAAUGGACUAAUUGUGCACAAAUG